AGUAGACACGCGUUUGACUCUCAAAGUAGCAUACGUUUACAGUUCAAUAUAUAGGCAAACGCUUGUGACUAGUAAAAUCUUUCAUAGUAGGAAAGUAAUUAACAGUUUUAAGGAUGUAAGCAAAACUAUUAUUGAAUGUCAACGGCCAUAACUUCGCAGCAUGUCGUUACAGACAACACCGGUUAGGAAAAAUAAGUACUCUGUUGGAAUGUUUGGUUGCGGCCGAAUCGCAGGUGUCCACCUGACAAACAUACUACGCAAUAGAAGGCUGGAUCUGAAGUGGAUCGUAGAAAACGACGAGAAACGAAUCCAACAAGUGAAAGAAGAUUUCCAUAUUGGAUCGGAAAUACCGUUCUAUAAGUCAUCCGAACGAGAUCGACUGUUAGCGGACGAAAGUCUGGAUGCGGUUGUGGUCGUAUCGCCCACCAGCACACACACGGAAUACAUCGUGCAAAGUCUGAAAUACGGAAAUGAUGUGUUCACCGAGAAACCAGCCGGAGAGUCUGCUGCAGACAUAAAGCUUUGCUACGAAACUGCAGAGAAAACGGGACGUAUUCUCCUGACGGGGUUUCAAAGGCGUUACGAUGAGUCAUUCCGAGACGUGAAGACUGCGAUUGACAGCGGGCGACUGGGCAAGAUACAGGCGAUCAAAACAACCACGAGAGACUCGCCAAAACCGUCGUACACUUUCCUGAAAUCUGCAGACAGCACCGGAUGCAACAUCCUGGCGGACCUCUGCGUUCACGACAUCGACAUGAUCGUGUGGCUCACCAAGGCACAGCGGCCCGAGUCCAUCUACAUCAACUGCCACGUGCACGACCCGGCGUUGCAGGAAUGCAGGGAGCCUGAUGCGUUGGCUGGUCUCAUAAAAUACCCGGACGGCACUUUGGUAACCAUGGAUGCCUUCAGAGAAAGCGUGUAUGGCUACGACAUUCGUCUGGAGGCAUUCGGCACCCAGGGUAUGGCCCUAGCGGAGAACCCACGGGAGAGUUCCACUGUAAUAGACGGGGCCUUUGGUGGUACCAGCCGUCGGCUUUACAACUCCUUCCCGCAGAGGUUUGAGGCGCCAUUUGCUGCUGAGCUCGCGCACUUCAUUGAUUGCAUGGACGGAAAAGCGACUCCUCUGAUAACGAAGGAGGAGAGUCUUUGUGUGGCGGAAAUAAUCGAGAAAGGCAUCCUGUCCUACAAGGAGAAACGGGUAGUCAUGUUCUGAACCCACUUCGACUGCUUCUAUCCAAGUCGUUAGGGACAUCGACCACGACUUGUGUACUUCCGCUAUUCACUUAAUUUGCUAGGGGCAUCGCACAUUGUUUUGUACCUAGUAUAUGACUUGUACAUGAAAAUCAAUGUUCUCUGUUUAUAUGCGGACGGCAUGGAUACGAGACAAAAAGAUGAAUCAAAAUAUACGUCGAAGCUACUUUAGUUGUGGAUAAUUAAUUAUUUGACAUAUUUACGAAACAUUUACAUACAGAGUGAUAGUAUUUAAGACGUAUGUCGACAACUUCUUUUGGAAGCCUAUAAAAAAUCUUACGUGCACACAAUGACUUCCUCAAGAGACGUGGGCACUUUCUUAUAAAGAUGUGUAUUACAAAUCAAGAUGGCAUUUCGUUGAUAGUGAUCCAGUGAAGUCAAAAGGUUCUCCUAUACACUUAUUUGGGUUCACACGGUUGGAACGAACUGGAUAGAAUCAUUAAAGACAUGCCAGAGUUAAUUUGG